ACAGGAAACCUUUCUUUCCUCAGUAGUCCUUUUUACCAAUAAAAAAUGGAUAAGACAAAAUAAUAAAUCUAUAUGGCUUAAAUAUUUUGUUAAUGCUUCGUUGAAAUACACGAGUGAGAUGCUCCGUAUCAACAAAAAAUCAUGCGACACACCAUGGCGGCUCUCAAGUAUACACCUCUAGAUCCCCAGCUGGAUGAGCUGAUCCAAAGGUCAUUCCGCGGACGUCGCCAGAUCCUGUGCGAGGGGUUCAUGGUGACGGUGGGCUUCAAGGAGAUCGCCGAUGACAUCCUGAACAUGGAGGUCCGCGAAGACGACGUAUGGGUGUGCACCUACCCCAAAAGUGGUACUACUUGGACAGAAGAGCUGGUCUGGUGUAUAGCGAACGAUCUUGACUUCAGUGGGGCCAAAGUCUCCCAAUGUCUUAGAUUUCCUUUCCUAGAAUUCACACAGAUGUUUAGAGGAAGAAACGACACACCCUCAAUAGACAAAGAGAAUCUCGAACUACCUCUUCGUGUGUUAACAAAUUCAGUCGAGUUUGUGAAAGAGAUGAAAUCGCCCCGUUUUAUAAAAACUCAUCUUCCAUUCUGCUUGUUGCCAUUACAACUGCAACGUGGAAUUGUGAAACCAAAGAUCAUUCAUGUUCACCGGAAUCCCAUGGACCUCUGUAUAUCAUACUACCACCACAGCCAGUUGAUGAUGGGAUAUAACGGCACUCUUGAGGAUUUUGCCGCUUUGUUUAUAAAAGACUCCUUGCUAUGUACACCUUUCUGGAAGCACCAUUUGGGAUAUCUGGAAAAAAAGACUGAUUUUAACAUACUCUAUCUUAAAUACGAGGAUAUGAAAAAGGAUCUCGCAUCCAACGUACGAAAAACAGCAGACUUCCUCAGCAAGCCUCUGACAGAUGAACAGGUCCAGAUGUUGUGUGACCAUUUGAGCUUCAACAACAUGAAAAACAACCCAAGCUCCAACAACGAGGACGUGGUCAGCAUGACAAAGAGGUUUAACAAGGUUGAGAGUGAGGGGAGAUUCCUAAGGGAGGGGACCGUGGGGCAGUGGAAGUCAAAGUUCAGUCCGGAAUGGGUCUCUAGGUUCCGUAAGUGGACUGAAGCUAAUGUCCAGGGAACAGAACUUGAAAACGUUGUAGAAAUGACAAACGGUGUAAUCAAUGUAUAGAAGUAAUUGUAGUUUAAAUACUUGGCAUCUUUGUAUAGUAUCCUGAAAAUUCUGGUAAUAUACUGGGUGUGGAAAAAACCGAAAUAUUUUUGCUCAGCGACAGGUGAUCUGAGGGUGGUGGGGGUAGGUAGAAUGGUCGCCUGAGCUACGUUUGUUUGUUAUCAAAUCGUUUAGGCAAUGGUUCAGUCAUUGCAACUUAGUGGCAGUCUUGCGCACUCUUUUAAUUAGGUCGACAUAGAGAGGUCCCGUCACAAUUAUCUGUAAUGGAAUAUCAAAAUGCU